AGUGAACCGGGAUCACAAUAAUUUCUCGAGCCUUGGCUUGCGUCGGCGGAGGGAGCUCUAACCAUAUUGUCUAGGUUCAUCGGUAAUGAUGAGUCAAGUCAAGUAUGUCGUAGAUUAUGCCUUAUGAACCUUCUGCCCCUUGGCAGAGGACGCGAUCACCCUUCCAUCACCGGUUCAAAGCGACACAGUGGUAGGCCAGGAACACUCCAAGUCCCUAAAAGGUAAGGCCCACGAUCUACAUAAGGCACGCAACAUCCUCGGGCCGGGGGAAAGGGGGACUGGAGAAUGUUACUCAGUCCGAGUACAGUACCGAGUACAGUGCGCCCAUUGGCGUUGGAUCAGAGCGGCUAGCCAAGGGCGUUCACGCGGAUAUGCACUCUCUACUGAUCCUCGGUUAGCUUCUCUCUGACUAGGCAUGUACCUCCGAUGCUGAAUAGAUAACCACGGCCCCUAGACAAAUACUCUGAAAUAACCGCCGAACCCUACAACACAACAUCAACCCUCAGUAUUGAACAGAGAUACAAUUGCUUUCCACCAGUGACAGGCCGGGUCGUCAAGAUGUCGGAGGAUGUUGGAUUUAUUGGUGUUGGGAAUAUGGGAUACCGCAUGGCAGGCAAUGUGCGGAGGAAGAUGCCGUCAUCGGCGACGCUGCACAUCUACGAUAUUUCCAAGGACGCAUGUCAACGCUUGAAAGACGAGGUCGGUUCCUUUGGCCCGGUUGAAAUUGCCAACUCGGCCAAAGAAGUAACCGAGAAGUCCCACACCGUGAUAACAAUGGUUCCGAUGGGACAACAUGCCAGAGCAGUCUACUUGGACAAACAGAACGGAGUCCUCGCCGCGAAAGGCGACAGUGACAGACUCUUCCUAGAGUGCAGCACCAUCGACGUUGCAACAUGCAGGGAAAUCGGCCAGCAAAUAGCCGCUGCCAAUGCUGGAAUCUUCGUCGACACACCCGUCUCUGGUGGGAUUGGGGGUGCAGCAGCAGGAACCUUGUCGUUCAUGUGCGGCCGACCCAAGGGUCCGGAAGAGGAUCCAAUCUCGAAACGCGUCUUCGAAAUCAUCUGCUGGAUGGGUUCACCUCAAAAAAUCCGCUUCUGCGGCGAACUAGGCACCGGCCUGGUGAGCAAGAUUGCCAACAACUACAUCGCCAUCUGCACCACCAGUGUCAUCGGCGAGGCCAUGGCAUUCGGCAUGCGGUACGGUGUCGACAAGCGCACUCUGUACGAGUGCAUUGCCGCAUCGUCUGGAGACUCGUGGGUCCUUCAUAACAACCACGUCGUCCCUGGGGUCAUUCCCACGUCCCCUUCCAGCAAUGGCUUUAAGCUCACCUUUGCCCCGAAGAUGUCCGUCAAAGAUAUUACGCUGGGAAUCCAGUCGGCCGAGCAGGUCGGUAUAAAUCCCUCCAUGGGCAAAGCUGCGGUGGAGUUGUACCAGAAAGUGGCCGAUGAUGCUAGAACAGCUCACCUCGACCAGAGCGUCGUUUGGUUGUUUAUCAACGAUGAGGUGGACAAUUUGGGACCGAAGACAAACGGAAUCUAGAUAGUAUCGGGAGCACUAAUACGAAAAAGUCUGCCAACUCUUACCUUGUGGCUAUCGAGGUUGGUAUCCUUAUGUGGACCACAAAAGCCUGUGCAAUUUGAGCGUGACUCGACCAAAGCUGGAGCAGGACUUGCGUGUGCUAGAUCUCCAAUGCUGUUCGCUUUGAGGUCGCUGGAUGAACCACGUAUUGAGUGCACUCUACGGAUCAUUUAUAGAGAUCUUUACCUCAGGGAUAAACCAGAGUCUGAUAUUUGUGUUUGAGCAGCAGCGAGGUGGCCUGCGCAUUUGCCUUGAGUUGGCAGGCCCGCCACUUGCUGUACAUCUGAAAAUCGACAGAGAAUGCUAGUCACUAUUGCCAGCCUCUUUGGUGCAAUUUACAAGUGCUACAAGAUCGCCCUUGUUUUAUAGACCUUUAAAGCAAAAGAAAGUGAUGUGGAC